AUUGAAAUUUAAACAAUUUAAUUUGGAAAAAUUAAUUUUUUGCUAUUUUUUGUUAACAGAUUGACAAAUGCUAAAUCGGAUUGCUGAAUCGAAUUUCUCGAGAGAUUUUCUUCCAUAUUUAGGGUUUUGAGGCGAAGGGCCGAAACUCUUAUAGCGAGACUAUGGUGUCCGUUGGUAGUUUUCCCUAGCAACAAUUGCCAUGGCAACCGUUGCUAUGGUGAUGGUUACCAUAACAACUGUUGCCAAGGAAACCGUUGCUAUGGCCACGAAUCCCUAAGAUGUAGGCGCUUUGCGCCUGCUUCUCUCACUGAUUUUUAUAUUACAAUUUAAAAAAAGUUGCGUUUUUGCCUAAGUAGUUAAAAAUUUAUUCAUCGUUACUUACUUUUCUGCUUCAAUGUUUAGAUUAAAUUUUGAAUUUAUUUUCUGACAAAUUGCUGAUUGCGACUUUUUUUAAUGCGAAACAAAAACUCGAGAUUACAAAUGAUAUUCGACGACAAUUGUGUAAAUACUGCGAACUUGAAGAAAAGAAAAUUAUUUUCUCGAAAUGUUUCUUCCAUUUUUAUAUUAAACUUAAAAAAAUGUUAUUCGUUAUUCGUAUGAUGCGCAUUUAAUACGAAAUCAUCGCCGUCUUAUAUUUUUGUCGCAUGUUUCGAAGAAUCGAGCAUUCUCAAUACCGACGUAUUAAAUCCGCGGAAAUUUGUACUGAACUGUAAAAGUUUUGCAAUUUAUCGAAAAUGUCGAUAUCGAUAAACAAAGUAGGAGUAGUACGCUGUGAAAAUUGUCAGCCUUCAAAUCUAUUCGGAAAAGGAACACAACGUAACUUUUUUCCAACGUAGUCUCCUAUCAGCAUCAACAACUUUUAAGAGACUCGACAAUUAAAUUCGACUGGGAUAAUCUCGAUAAUUUCUAUGUUGCCACUAAAGAAAAGUGAUAAAAAGUCUCCUCACAACGGAAGCGAGCUCGCAGGCCAAAAUUUCAUUUUUAAGAUUUCAUGGAAUAUUAAAGUUGAAUCGAAAAAUUUAGAGAUUUUUCCGUUUGCCCAAUGUCGACAUCGCUCUACGCCAGCUGUUGAAAAUAACACAAAUGCUGAAUCUCCAGCUCCUUGUCUGCAGCACAACGCUACUGUUUUUUCCAACGUAGUGUCCUAUCAACAGCAACAACAUUCAAAAGACUCGACAAUUAAAUUCGACUGGGAUAAUCUCGACAGUUUCUAUGUUGCCACUAAAGAAAAGUGAUAAAAAGUCUCCUUACAACGGAAGCGACCUCGCAGGAUCAAAUUCCAUUUUUAAGACCUUGUGGAAUAUUAGAGUUGAAUCGAAAAAUUUAGAGAUUUUUCCCUUUGACGAAUGUGGACAUCACUCUACGCCAGCUGUUGAAAAUUACACAAAUGCUGAACCUCCAGCUCCUUGCCUACAGCAUAACUGUUUUUCAACGUUGUCUCUUAUCAGCAUCAACAAAUUUCAAGAGACUCGACAAUUCAAUUCAACUGGGAUAAUCUCGAAAAUUUGUAUGAUGCCGCUAAAGAAAAGUGAUAAAAAGUCUCCUCACAACGGAAGCGACCGCACAGGACCAAAUUCCAUUUUUAAGACCUCGUGGAAUAUUAUAGUUGAAUCCAAAAAGUUAAAGAUUUUUCCCUUUGCCCAAUGUCGACAUCGCUCUACGCCAGCUGUUGAAAAUUACACAAAUGCUGAACCUCCAGCUCCUUGUCUGCAGCAUAACUGUUUUUCAACGUUGUGUCUUAUCAGCAUCAACAAAUUUCAAUUCGACUGGGAUAAUCUCGAUAAUUUGUAUGAUGCCGGUUAGUAUUCUUUAUAAAAUAUAUUUUUUUUGUAUAAUUUCUAAGAAAUACUUAAUUGAAAUUUACUUAUUGCGAUUCAAAACUCAUUUAAUUUGCUACACUUUUUAAAUGCGAAACAAAAACUCGCGAGAACAGAUGAUAAUUGGCCACAAUUGUUUAUAUACUACGAACUUGAAAAAAAGAAAAUUUUCUUUUCGAUUAUUUCUUCCAUUCUUAUAAAUCCAUUAAAAAAAGAUUUUCAUUACCUAAAUAUGUAGUUAAAAAUUUAUUUAUCGUUAGUUACUUUUUAGCUUCAAUGUUUAGAUUAAAUUCUGAAUUUAUUUUUUGACAAGUUGCUGAUUGCGAUUUAAUACUCAUGUAAUUUGAUAUACUUUUUUAAUGCAAUAAAAAAACUCGAAAGAACUUGAGAUUCGGCGGCAAUUGUAUAAAUACUGCGAUCUUGAAAAGAAAUGAAAUUACUUUCUCGAGAGAUUUCUUUAAUUUUCUUUUACGAUUAAAAUAGAAGGUUGCGUUUACCUAACUCGUUAAAAUUUAAUUAUCGUGAAUGACUUUUCUGCUUCAAUGUUUAGAUUAAAUUUUAAAUUUAUUUUCUGACAAGUUGCUGAUUGCGAUUCUAUAUUCAGGUAAUUAGAUAUAUUUUUUUAAUGCGAUAAAAAAACUCGAAAGAACAUGAGAUUCGGCGGCAAUUGUAUAAAUACUGUGAUCUUGAAAAGAAUAGAAAAUUACUUUCUCGAGAGAUGUCUUUAAGUUUCAUAGUACGAUUAAAAUAAAAGGUUGCGUUUACCUAAUUAGUUAAAAAAAAUUAUUUAUCGUGAGUUACUUUUUUUAACGACGACAAUUGUGUAAAUACUGCGAACUUAAAAAAAAGAAAAUUACUUUCUCGAGAGAUUUCUUUAAUUUUCAUAUUACGAUUAAAAUAAAAGGUUGCGUUUAACUAAUUAGUUAAAAAAUUAUUCAUCGUGAGUUACUUUUUUUAACGACGACAAUUGUGUAAAUACUGCGAACUUGAAAAAAAGAAAAUUACUUUCUCGAAAUAUUUCUUUAAUUUUCAUAUUACGAUUAAAAAAAGAUUGCGAUAAUUCUAAAUAGUUAAAAAUUUAUUUAUCGUUAAUUACUUUUCUGCUUCAAUGUUUAGAUUAAAUUUUGAAUUUAUUUUCUGAUAAGUUGCAUCUUGCGAUUCUAUACUGAGGUAAUUUGAUAUACUUUUUUUAAUGCGAUAAAAAAACUCGAAAGAACAUGAGAUUCGGCGGCAAUUGUAUAAAUACUGCGAUCUUGAAAAGAAAAGAAAAUUACUUUCUCGAGAGAUGUCUUUAAGUUUCAUAGUACGAUUAAAAUAAAAGGUUUCGUUUACCUAAUUAGUUAAAAAAAAAUUAUUUAUCGUGAGUUACUUUUUUUAACGACGACAAUUGUGUAAAUACUGCGAACUUAAAAAAAAGAAAAUUACUUUCUCGAGAGAUUUCUUUAAUUUUCAUAUUACGAUUAAAAUAAAAGGUUGCGUUUAACUAAUUAGUUAAAAAAUUAUUCAUCGUGAGUUACUUUUUUUAACGACGACAAUUGUGUAAAUACUGCGAACUUGAAAAAAAGAAAAUUACUUUCUCGAAAGAUUUCUUUAAUUUUCAUAUUACGAUUAAAAAAAGAUUGCGAUAAUUCUAAAUAGUUAAAAAUUUAUUUAUCGUUAAUUACUUUUCUGCUUCAAUGUUUAGAUUAAAUUUUGAAUUUAUUUUCUAAUAAGUUGCAUCUUGCGAUUCUAUACUGAGGUAAUUUGAUAUACUUUUUUUAAUGCGAUAAAAAAACUCGAAAGAACAUGAGAUUCGGCGGCAAUUGUAUAAAUACUGCGAUCUUGAAAAGAAAAGAAAAUUACUUUCUCGAGAGAUGUCUUUAAUUUUCUAUGACGAUUAAAAUAAAAGGUUGCAUUUACCUAAUUAGUUAAAAAAUUAUUUAUCGCGAGUUACUUUUUUAAAUUACUUUCUCGAGAGAUUUCUUUAAUUUUCAUAUUACGAUUAAAAAAAAUGGUUGCGUUUACCUAACUCGUUAAAAAUUUAUGAAUCGUGAGUUACUUUCCUGCUUCAAUGUUCAGAUUAAAUUUUGAAUUUGUUUUCUUACAAGUUGCUUCCUGCGAUUCUAGAUUUAUGUAAGUUGAUAUACUUUUUUUAAUACGAUAAAAAAAACUCGAAAAACGGAUGAGAUUCGACGACAAUAAUUGUAUAUAUAC